AUGGUCCAAAAACGAGAAGAGCUACUGGCAAAUUUCAGGAAAAACCCGCGUCCCCUUGAUUAUCAAGAUGAUGAGGACUGGAAAAUAUGUGUCGCGCUUAUAGAUGAAAAAGCAGACCGCGAGAGACGAGAACGAGCAGAUCGAGCGGCUGGUGACGAUGGUGAUGCUGAGGACGAAGAUUCUGACGGGGACAAAGAAAAUGCUGUCCCACUACCAAUCCGUAUGAACACAGAAGACAGACAAAUGGAGAACGAAGAAGAAGAAGAAGAAGAAGAAGAAGAAGAAGAAGAAGAAGAAGAAGAAGAAGAAGAAGAAGAAGAAGAAGAAGAAGAAGAAGAAGAAGAAGAAGAAGAAGAAGAAGAAGAAGAAGAAGAAGAAGAAGAAGAAGAAGAAGAAGAAGGAGGAGGCACGAAUGAUCCGGCACCAGAUACCACCGCAAUUCCUGUAAUUCCCAAAGUGCCCACAGCAACCACCAACACAAGCCAAACACUUAUCGCCCCUUCCGGAGCACCCAUCUACUUUUUCCACGGAAACAUCAACAUUCCCCUCAUGUUAAUCGACACAGAUAUUCAAGCUGCCGUUCAAAAACUGAUCGAAAUGUACAUCACCCGUGGUCGACUAGCCAGCAAUACCGUCGUCUGCAUAAACCAGCGCUAUGACGGUCAAGCCACGCAUAAUGCUGAUGGUACAGAGUAUGCCUGUAGGACUUGUAUUGAUAAGUAUCGUGAUGGUAAAAACUACAAGGGAUACAGGGUUUGUAUAAGACACGGGCAGAAGGUCGUGGGUGGACAGCUGGUAACUGCAUAUUUUGCUGUCGCACAAAAGCGAUCGGAGAACCAGCGGUAUGUUUGGCGUACUGAGUAG